AAUUUACGAAUCGCAAAUUAUUUCGGUUCCAAUUGCAUGUUGCUGUGUGGGACAUAUCAAACGCAGAGAAAGAAUAUUAAUUAAUCAAUUGGAUAAGUAGCAGUCACCUGAAUCUAGAAUAUUAUGAACAUUACAUGUCGUGUUCAUCUGAUUUUGCAAUCAACAUUAAAAAACGCUGCCGAAACACACCGUCCUGUAACUUACCUUUAACUUAAAUAAAUAGAAUAAAGUGAUUGUAAGACUCAGCACAAUGUUAUUAACCUGCAUGUAAAGUAUAGGUUUAUGUUAGCUUGCCUUUGUCAGAAUAAUAUUGCCAGUAUUUGCGGGGUAUGGGACUGCCUUCCUGUCCAUCACUUAAGGACAUAAACGUUCGGUCUGCUUUUGGGAUUACGCCUGAAGAAAGACGCUGUCAGCAUGGAAGAGGAUGGGCUCUCACGAUGAGCUUGGACCCCCCUACGCAGCGUCGUCUCACCAUGAUGCGGGAGAAAGGACGGCGGCAGGCGGUGCGAGGGCCUGCCUUCAUGUUCAACAACCGAGGGUCUAGCCUCACCACGUGGGAGGAGCGCUUUCUGGAGGCGGCCGAGUACGGAAACAUUCCUGUAGUGCGCAAGAUGCUGGAGGAGACGCGGGUGCUCAACGUGAACUGUGUGGACUACAUGGGCCAGAAUGCACUGCAGUUGGCAGUGGGCAAUGAGCACCUGGAGGUGACGGAGCUGCUGCUGAAGUGUGACAACUUGGCUCGCAUCGGUGACGCCCUCCUGCUGGCCAUCAGCAAGGGCUACGUCAGGAUCGUAGAGGCCAUCCUCAACCACCCAUCGUUCGCCGCUGCCGAGCGCCUCACGCGCAGCCCCUGCGAGCUGCAAGACGACGACUUCUACUCGUAUGACGAGGACGGCACCCGCUUCUCGCCCGACAUCACGCCCGUCAUCCUUGCCGCCCAUUGCCAGAAGUACGAGGUGGUGCACAUGCUGCUGACCAAGGGUGCUCGCAUCGAGCGGCCGCACGACUACUUCUGCAAGUGCGCCGAGUGCGCCGAGAAGCAGCGCAAGGACUCUUUCAGCCACUCACGCUCCCGCAUCAACGCCUAUCGGGGGCUGGCCAGCCCUGCCUACCUCUCCCUGUCAAGCGAGGAUCCCAUCCUAACUGCCCUGGAGCUCAGCAAUGAGCUCGCCAAGCUGGCCAACAUUGAGAAGGAAUUCAAGAAUGACUAUGGUAAGCUGUCCAUGCAGUGCAAGGACUUCGUGGUGGGGGUGCUGGACCUGUGCCGGGACACGGAGGAGGUGGAGGCCAUCCUGAACGGGGACGUAAGUGCAGAGCUAGAAGAAGGGCAGACGCACCGGGCCCUGCUGAGCCGUGUCAAGCUGGCCAUAAAGUAUGAGGUCAAGAAGUUUGUGGCCCACCCCAACUGCCAGCAGCAGCUGCUGUCCAUUUGGUACGAGAACCUGGCUGGCUUGCGGGAGCAGGCCAUUGCCAUCAAGUGCCUGGUGGUCCUGGUCGUGGCCCUAGGGCUGCCUCUACUUGCCGUCGGCUAUUGGUUUGCGCCAUGCAGCAGGCUGGGCAGCAUCCUCCGCAGCCCCUUCAUGAAAUUCGUGGCUCAUGCGGCCUCCUUCAUCAUCUUCCUGUGCCUGCUGGUGUUCAACGCCUCCGACCGCUUCGAGGGAAUCAACACGCUGCCCAACAUCACUGUCACCGACUACCCCAAGCAGAUCUUCAGGGUGAAGACCACUCGCUUCAGCUGGACCGAGAUGCUCAUCAUAGUGUGGGUCGCAGGAAUGAUGUGGUCAGAGUGCAAGGAGCUGUGGAGCGAGGGGCCCAGGGAGUACAUCCUGCAGCUGUGGAACGUUCUGGACUUCGGCAUGCUCUCCAUCUUCAUCGCCGCCUUUACCGCACGGCUCUUCGCCUUCUUGCAGGCCAGCAGGGCCCAGCGUUAUGUGAACGAGAAGGUCCACGCUGAUGACCUCUCCCUAGUCACUCUGCCACCAGAUGUUGAGUACUUCACUUAUGCAAGGGACAAGUGGGUGCCCUCAGACCCCCAGCUGAUCUCGGAGGGGCUAUAUGCCAUCGCGGUGGUGCUCAGCUUCUCCCGCAUCGCCUACAUCCUGCCCGCCAACGAGAGCUUCGGCCCUCUGCAGAUCUCCCUGGGCCGCACCGUCAAGGACAUCUUCAAGUUCAUGGUCCUGUUCAUCAUGGUCUUCCUGGCCUUCAUGUUCGGCAUGUUCAUCCUUUAUUCCUACUACCUGGGGGCCAAGGUCAACUCUGCCUUUACCACAGUUGAGGAGAGUUUCAAGACUCUCUUCUGGUCUAUUUUUGGGCUGUCCGAGGUGUCGUCAGUGGUGCUGAAGUAUGACCACAAGUUCAUAGAGAACAUCGGCUAUGUCCUUUAUGGGAUAUAUAAUGUCACCAUGGUGAUUGUUCUCCUGAAUAUGCUCAUUGCGAUGAUCAACAGUUCCUAUCAGGAGAUAGAGGACGACGCAGACGUGGAGUGGAAAUUUGCCCGUUCUAAGCUAUGGCUGUCCUACUUCGACACGGGGAAGACACUGCCGCCACCAUUUAGCAUUGUGCCCAGCCCAAAGACCCUCUUCCAGAGUAUCAGGAGGCUGACUGGCCUGCUCAGUCACCGCCGGCCCAGGAUGAGGCAGGACGUGGAGCUGGGAAUGGACCACUCCAAAUCCAGGCUCAACCUCUUCAGUCGGACCCAGUCAAGCCUGCACAUUGCUGACUCGCACAGUUUUGGUAGAGUACCGAACCAGCCCACACGCUAUCAGCAAAUAAUGAAACGUCUGAUCAAGCGCUACGUACUGAAAGCACAAGUAGACAAAGAGAACGAUGAAGUAAACGAAGGUGAGUUAAAAGAAAUCAAGCAGGAUAUUUCCAGUCUUCGGUAUGAGCUUCUGGAGGAGAAGUCCCAAGCGACUGAGGAGCUCUCCCUGCUGAUACAGAAGCUCAGCGACAAACUCAGUGUCAACGUCAGGAGGUGUGAGUGA